CUUAAGAAGUACCUCGAGCUUGUGCGGAAACAGCGCACUGGCCCGGUGUCUGUCAAGGACCCGCCGUCUCCAUUGGAGUACCAGCGAGCGCUAGAGAGAGACGUGGACCAGCAAGGGCAACACGUUGGAAGCAAGCACACGACAAGCUCGGCAUCAGCGGCGAGCGUCGUACCAGGGAUAGUGAAGUGGGACGUUGAUGGGCGAGAUGUGGACGUAAGCAUCAUUCCGAUUCCGGCGUCUUGCAUCGGCCUCGUUACAGGGAGCCACGGCGUGCACUUACGGCGACAGGAGAAGGAGUUCGAGACUCUCAUGUUCUUCGCGGACUACUACCGCGGCGUUCAGGACUCGACAGGCGACGAGAGGGACAAGGGAGAGCGAGAGGAGGAAGAGGAGCGUCGUCUCGCCGUAUUUUCACCGGACCCGCGAGCGCGGUUGCGUGCGGCUCUGAGCGUGUACAGCUCUAUGGAGGGACAUUCGCGAGUUACCUCGGGACGCCUAGAUUUCCUCGUGAGGACCGCGGCUGCACCUAUCAACUGUGCAGCGCGGCGCCGCACUGCCGCUCGCUUUGCAGCGGAUUCCAAAGAAACUGCAACGAUCCUGCGUGAGGAGCUUCUCGGACUGGAAAUGCUUGAUGAAGAGACCGCUGCUGUCAUUCCUAUCGCACCAGUGCUCAGAGAUGAUGGCACCGAAAACCGUGACCGCGAGCAAAGUUCGAGUGCUGCCGUCGCAACCAACGACGGAGAUAAGGACAAAGAGGAAUCUUCGUUCCGCCUCAAGCAGGAAAAUAUUCCCGGUAUCAAAAAGUCAGGAGCGGCCGGGCAAAGGAAGAAAAAGAGGAAAUCGUGGGAAGAAGAAGCCGCCGAAAAAGAAGCGCUCAACCGCAUAGCACGAGCCAGUGGCUGCAUAGUCCAGGAGGGACUGUGCGGCACGCAGAUUGCCGUUGUUGGAUCCGAAACUGAACGCAAGCGUGCGCGCGCUUACCUCGAAUGGUCUUGCGACGCGAAAAGGGUACCGACAGUGCGAGCGGCAUUGAAACGGAAGGACUGCAUUGUAAUUCGAUCCGCAAAGAAGCUAGCGUGUGCGUACACGAAAAUUCAUGCGUAUAACAAUUACUACGACGAGUACGGGUACGAGUGCACCGACGAAGAAGCGCGAAAGGGCGACUGCGCGAUGGUGUUUUCCCUAUGCGAGCACAGCGGCGCUGAAGGAGUGGCUACCAGUGCCGUGACCACCGCUUCCGCGAAUUCGUCGCCGACAGUGACCGCGACAAGCGCGGGAAGCGGAGUACCGCCUGGUGCGACGGAUCACGGAGGCUUUUUGUCUUCGAAUACUAGUUGCAGCGGGGACGAAUGUCACUACAGCGUAACUGGUGAAGAUCUGAAGCAUUGUGCAGGAUUGGUCACGAGUGCCAGCGCUCUUCAGCAUGAUGGGGAAUCUUCGUCUGGGAAGCGCGAGUUCUUCUAUGGUGUUUUCGCGGCUUCUCUGCGCGACCGUGUUCUUACUACGCUUCGGAUUCUGAAGCAGGACACCGCGUCGGCAGAUUCGCAGCCAAAUUACCUGGAACUGUGUAACCGCGAGCUCGCUCGUGCUCGGCGUCAUCUCAGCGUAUAUUUGGAGGAGGGUCCCAACAGCAAUAAUGCAAAUUUUGCUAUGACAAGUCCGAUGUUUCUUGGGAGCCCACCUGUUUCUGCUAUCACGAGCAAGUCCUCCAACCUAUCGCGCACUGUUUCGUUGAAUGUCGCAGGGGAGCACCACGCGACGCUGCCUAGCGGAGCGACUCCGCCUGCAGCUGCUGCUGUGCAGCCGCCUGGUGAACAAAUUAGCCGGAGCAUUUUGCCGGCAAGGCCAUUGCGGUCGCCGCCGUUGCCCCCUGCCGCGUCUCCUGUCCUCUCUGCUAGCGAUCGGCGGGGCUACGCGGCGAGUCCAGCAGCUCACUCAGUGACGGCCAGCGCCUCAACUCCGGUGGACACACAUUCGUGGUUGACGCAAUACGCAGAUCCGCUGGACUACAUGCUUUCAGCCGCGCAGCGCGAGGCGAAAGACCUACGAGACUUCGAAUUCGAGGAACUGCGCCUCAGCAAAUCGGAAAAGCACCCUGCGGCACGCCUUGCGAAACAUCGAAACAAGCUCGCGGAUUCUUCAGGCGCAUUCUUGGAGUUCAUCAUGCCUGUCGGCAGUGGAGCUGUCGGAGCCGAGUACAACCAUUCAACAGCCGGAGCGGCUUCCUCACCGACUGGCGACACAAUUGUGAUUCUUGGUGGGAAUCGUAUUUCUCGCCAGCGUUGUAAGGAGUACAUGGGAUGGCUGCUUGUGAAGUGUCACGAAAAGACCACCUACUCAGGAUCUGGCGCCACCGCGAGCACGGUGCACCAUCAAUUGUUUGAACUCUCCGACGCUCCGUGGCGGGCCCUGAUUCCUGACUUAGACCGGCUUAGCCUGGGGUCUCGUUCGGACGCCAUCUGCUUCAAGAAUCCAGCCAACGUCGUGACCACGGAGAAAAUUCGAGACAUCGAGGCCUCGUGCGGAGUCUUUACAUUCUUCCGCCGCAGUGAGGAUAACGGCGAUAAAGAAUUGCUCAUUUUCGCUAAGCAGUAUGAAUCCCGACUUUUUGCCUAUCGGAAGAUGCUCACCGCCAUGACCGUUCGUGAUCGGGACCGCACUCGUCCCCGAGAGCGACGAUACAACAAGGACGAGCUGCCAGACCGUGAUCGCCGCGGCGGACGCGGCCGGCGCAAGCGGGGCGGGCGCCUUGUGCGCGAGCGUGAAGCCCGCCGUGCCGCCUGGGACGCGCGCUAUGUCGAAGAGGCUAGUAAAGAUCAUGAGGACUACAAAAGCAAAUCCUCUGCAUCGAAGCCCGGACCACGUGCUCGUGGGCGCGAUGGACGCGGACGUCGACGUCGCGGCCACUACUACGAUGACUGGGAGGAAGCUGGUGCGGCGGUGAAAUACACCGAAAAGCGCGAUGACGAAGAAGGUGGCCGCAACACGCGGUCAAAGAAGUACUGGGACGACGAUGAGGAGUGGGAGGAGGAAGAAUGGGACGACGGAGAAUGGGAUGAAGAGGAGUGGGAGGAAUGGGAGGAUCAUGAGGCACAGGAUGAUCGAGAUCGUGGUGGUGACAAGGCCUCCGCGUAUUCAUCUCGUUCCAAAGAACACAAAAGCGCAGGUGUCGAAAAGUCUGAAAAGGAAAGUACGCGUGAAGGCCCAACCAGAGGCGCAUCAUCAAAGGAUGGCGACAGCAGGACUUACCUGGGGCAAGGCAGCGAUGCGAGAGCAGGGACUAGUGGAGGUGCGACCUCGAGGGGUGGGGGACAUCAUGAGGAGACGAGACAAGCCGCGGGGCAAUCCCGGAGCAAUGAGCAUUCGGGUGCUGGUGCAGCAACUUCUUCAACGUCGGCUCGAGGAAAAGGUGGCUCAUUUGCAGGCGCGGUUACGUCCACAACUGAGGAAAAUCUUCCGGGUAACAAAAACAGCCGCAAGGGUGGAGUCAAUAGAGCGGCGAAAGGUGGCGGUAAGCGGCGACGAGACUUCGACUCCGAUUCAGAUGACGACUAUUCCUCGGAUUUGACGGAGGCUAGCGAUUCAGAUGAGGAAGCUUCGGACGAUAGUCAAUACCGCAACCACCGGCACCGACAUCGCUUCCGAGCACGUGACGACGCAUCCGACUCAGACUACGACUAA